GAAUCACUUGGCUGUUACUAUGCGCGCCCAUAUCGAUGGCUAAAAACUACCGUCGGAAUACAGUAAGAAAUUUUCCUCAACCCGACUGGGCCCCUCAACCCGACAAAACCCCCCUUCCAUCCCGCAACUCCAUCCCGCAACCACAACGCAUCGCUUCCACGACUCCCAACCCACCUCACCCACAAACACAUAUAUUGACAGCCAUGUCUAUGCCCGCUGGUAACGCCACUAACGGAGCUAAGCUCUUCAAGACCCGAUGUGCUCAAUGCCACGUCGUUGAGCCUGGUGUCAACAAGGUCGGCCCUUCGCUUCACGGUCUCUUCGGCCGUACCUCGGGUACCGCCGCCGGGUUCUCGUACUCUGCCGGUAUGCAAAAGAAGCAAGUGGUGUGGUCUGAGGAGAACAUGUUCACCUACCUCGAGAACCCCAAGAAGUUUGUGCCUGGCACAAAGAUGGUCUUCGCCGGGUUCAAGAAGCCCCAAGAUCGUGCGGACACCAUCGCCUACCUCAAGGAGGCCACCGCUUAAUUUAUCCCCCAUCACCCAUCCACACUGCCACGCAACACAACAAUUCUCCACACACACACACACACACAACGGCGAUGCCAUAGAGAUGACCCCGUUCCGCACCUGGACGGGCGAUUUACCCUCCCAUGGCAUUACGCCUACCAUUCUUCAUAGAGGCCUGAACAAUCUUUCUUUGUCGGUCAAUACCAAAUUAUGCGCUGUUCUUUUUUGAAACCUCUCUCCAAGUCCCUUAUGAAUGGAUUCUUGUUUCAUUACUUGCUUAAUCGGGCGGAACGAACAGCACAGUGGAGGGUGAAUUUUGGGAGUUCCAAUGUGGAAGGGAAAAAAAGAGUUCCAACGUCCUCAUCUCUUUCGAGGGUCAAAAUCUCAAUUUGAAAAGAAAAGACAACAUCUCCUAAAUGUACAAGAACCCACAUACGAAAGUACCGCUGACUUCAGCUACCUACGCCCACCCACUGGCACUCCCCAUCACCCUCCCUCCUCCUCAUCC